AUGGCAGAUUAUUGGAAGAGUAAUCCGAAAAAAUACUGUGAUAUAUGUAAAUGCUGGAUCCAGGAUAAUGCGAUUAGUGUGAAAAAUCACGAAGGUGGCCAGCGUCAUAUCACUAACGUGCAAAAGAGACUUACUGAGUUACAGAAGUCGGUUAAGGCUAAAUCGGGAGAUAAAUUAAGGGAGAAAAUGUCGCUAAUAAAUGAUAUGGCAUUUGUUGGUAUGGUCAAAGAUCUUGAGCGGGAUCCUUCUUUAGCUCAACGCUAUGGUGUUAGUAUUGCAGACAUUAAAGCGGCUAGCAAGAAAGAAAAACCAUCUGCUGCAGAUAGUAAAAAGAAAGAUGCACAGACCAAAAUACCUGAUUCCGUUUUGACCCAACCUGCAGUCUUGAAAACCAUUGUCUACGAAUGGAAAGAAUUAAAGACGGAGGAUGGUCGCAUUUACUAUUGGAAUAAAAAAACCAAUAGUACCCAAUGGGAGCGUCCCCAAGCUUCAAUCGAACCUAUCAAUGAUUCGCUCUGUGUGUCACGAGAAAAGGAUAGAUUGAACCAAUUCCUCUUCCACAGACUUGUUGACUUAAGCGAAAAUGGUAAUGCUGUUGCCAGUGAAGCUGUAUGUCAGGCGUUUGGGGCUAAAGAACCAGAGAUUGAAAUGACUCCCAUAACCAGUGUCGAGGAAAUCCCACUUCCUCCUGAACAACAGCUGCCAACCGCACAGGAAGAGCGCAUUUUAACCGACACUGAUCCCUGUGAGGAAAAAAGGCCAAGGAUUAAUCUACUUGGUGAUUGGCGUCCAGUUACUCCCCCAAAACCGCAAGAAGAGCAAGAAGCUGCACAAGAAGGUCAAGGGGAGGAAGAGAAAAAAUUCAUUGGAAAAGCAUUCGCGAAGCCUGAUAAUGUAAUCAAACAACGUAUUACCACCCUGGCCAACAAAAAUUUGAAACACGAUCAAGCAAGGUUGGAAGAAAUAUCUAGAAAAGCCGAUAUUCUCUCUCAUCUCUCUGAAGUCAACGAAGCGGGAAUAAGAUCUGAUCGGAAAAUCAAUUUUCAGGAGAAACAAGCCGCCAUCUCUGCAGCCGCACUAAAAGAAACCCGCAAAAUUCAACUCCUAUUCAAGCAGGACCCGGAUGUUAAAAGCGAGGCUCCACCUUCAACAGUACCCGCGAUUUCCUUCAAGCGAAAAGUUGGUGGAAAUCGAAGUUUAAGAAAAAGAGACGAUGAUUAG